AUGCCCCAUAUAGCCAACACCCCCGAAUCCCUCCUCCCACGCACCGACUCCCUAGACCCAUCCACAACAUGCCGCGGAACAACCAACAACGGACGACCCUGUCGACGACCCCUGACCACCUCCCCAGAUAGUCCACCACCGAUCAAACUUGCCAAAUCAGACCCCUCCGUGCUCUUCUGCUGGCAACACAAAGACCAAGCCGCGUCGAUCGUCCAAGAAGCCGCCGCCGCCGCAGGAGUAUCCGCAGAUCCAUCCUCGCAAACAAAACCCCGAACCAGUAUCGACACGCUCAUGGAACGACUCGGCGUGAUGGACUUGAACGGGGAUGGGAGCUCAAAACCGCAUCGACGAAGGACACAGAAGAAAAAGAAGAAGACCCGACGCACGAUAUGUUGCUGUUUCGAGGUCAUCGAGGAAGAAGAUCUGCCUGUACCCGCGAGACCGGUUCAAUCUCCAUCGUCUCAACCCCAAAUGACACAAGUAUCCACACCACCAGUCGACCGUCACCGUCAAAAAGACCCGAUCUUGAAAUGGAUCCCAGUGACAUUAUCCGAUCAAACAAGCACGGUCCUGGCCAGCGAACUCGAGAAACCGAUCUCCGAUGCCGACGAGCCAGGAUAUAUCUACAUGUUCUGGAUGACGCCGACAGACGGUACGAAUAACAACGGCGAGACGACACGGUCCGGUGGACCAGGAGGGCCACCAACGCGGGAAAUCGCAUCAUCGUUACUACCGCCGGAGUCCGGAUCCAGUCGACACCAGAACCCGCGACGGAUCAGCGAGGCGUUGCAGACGGCUCGGGAGAUGAACAGCCUGACGAGUAACCCGACAGACACGAGUCCGGGGACGUUACGGUUGAAGAUCGGACGCGCGAAUAACGUGCAGCGACGGCUGAACGAGUGGUCGAGACAGUGCUCGCAUGAACUCACGCUUAUUCGGUACUACCCCUAUACCCCCUCGACGCCGUCGCCGUCGCCGUCGCCGGCACGACACGGCGCAGGGGGGAGGCACGCGAGCCCCGGCGGACUGCAGGCGGGGCGAAAGGUACCGCAUGUGCAUCGCGUGGAGCGACUGAUUCAUCUGGAACUGGCGGAUAUCAAGGCACGAGACCUAGGCAAAUGUCCGGACUGCGGCAAGGAGCACCGCGAGUGGUUCGAAGUGCCGGCGGACAAGGCAUCUCUGAAACGGGUGGACGACUGCAUACGGAGAUGGGUGGAAUGGGCCGAGACUCAUUGA